AUCGCUGGUCUUUUGCGAUGUUGUCUUCGUUCGCGUAGAACGCAUGGCCCCAAGUGGAAACCGAGGUGGCCGACCCUCUACACUUUCCGAAACACUGCUCAUUCUACUCGAGUCAAGAUGGUUCGUAUCCCACGGCGCACCCACAGCGUGUCGGGACCGCCAUCCGUGCACUGCGUUUUGAGGGAUGAGGCCUGUCAUUGCAAUUUGGUCAUGGUGCGGAAAUUAUAUUUUCCUGGCUUGCAAUCUCACAACCAUAUACUUACCUACGGCAGAUCCAACAGUUCUACAUGUCAAUGAUGGCGCUUCGCAGGAACCCUUACAGGAAGUGCAAGUUUGAAGAGGUGCUGGACACGGCCGUUGUUGGUCAAGAGAGCAAAAAGAGGAAAAGAAGUUGCGCAGUUGAGGUUCCAGCGAUGCGAGUGCCUGCGAAGAUCCAAAGAGUGGCGCAUAAUAAACCUCCAUGUGUGCCAUUUGUUUCCACAGCUCAGAAGAGCCCCUUUGCCUUCUUCGAUCUUCCAAGAGAGGUCAGAGACCAUGUGCUCUCGUAUCUUGUUGUUCGCCGUGGACGACAGUUACCUCUUCUUGAGGCGAAAGGUAUCCUUCGGGAACAGAAGAAACGUGCCACCGUUUUGAGAAACCGAGAAAAACAGAACAUCAAGCGCGCGCAAACAGGAAGACCACCAGUUGCUCACCGAGAUGCGCCUACCGAGUCUAUUGUUUGUCUGGAUGCCAUGCGCGCAUCCAAGACGCUGUACCACGAAGCAAAGGACUGUUUCUACCGAUGCAAUCAUUUCGCAGUUUCACUAGACAGCUUUCCUGCCACGACAAUGGAGAUUCCGGCCGGCUGGGACUGCAGCAGAAUUAAACGGCUGCAACUUGAGCUCCAGCUAAAAGAUUCACCACGAAUGAACAGCUAUAUUGACUGGACGUCCUUCUUCGCAAAAUUCCCUUCUCUGGUUCAUUUACGGAUCAUUCCAAGUUUUCAUCCACGGUACUACGAAUGGGCUCGACCAGAGCUAGACGACUGGAACACGGCUCAUUUCGUUUUCCGGGCUUUCUUCCGAGAGCUCUUAGCAUCGAUACCAGAAGACCUUUCAUGUAAACUUGGGCAAUCGAUGGACCCUCAAGAGGACAUGCAGCUUGAAGGGAAGGCGCCUGUGUCCAACAAAGUAUUAUGGGAUAUGUAUACCGAUUUGGGGCCUAGAAGUGGGAUACGGAGGCAUGCCGCACAGAUGUUCGACCUCGUCCAGCGGCCAAGUCACGUCAAUGAACAUUGGGCACACCGGUGACAUUGGAUGUCGCUGAGCGGCGAGCAUUUGUCUCAGGUGCAUUGUAUUCUACUCACGAUC